CUUGUUUCAUUACCACUGUAAUAUUGAGUGUUGCCUCUUAUCAUUAGUAUAAGAACUAGUGAUCAAACCUUUUGUUAGUGACAAAUAUCAUUCUCAUCUAUGUCUUGUCGCUGUGUCUUAACAUGUGCUUUUUAGUUAACAUGUUUGGUCUAAGUGGUUGGAUGAUUGCUUGAUAUUGCAGUCAUUCGUUACUCCUUCUUUGGGCUUAAGGAAGCUCUAGGCUUUGCACCUUCUUGGCACUUGUGGCUCAGGUAUUCAAUCCUUAUGCAGUAUUUUAAUACAGCCUUGAUCAUUGAUAAGUAAACAAACCUGAUCUCAUUUUUUUUUGUCUCUUUUGUUCAAUAUGUUCAGAUACAUUAGCUUUUUAGUGCAACUCUCUCUUCUUCAUAGCAUCUUGAAGCUCUCUCUUCUCCAUAGCAUCUCGAAGCUCUCUCUUCUCCAUAGCAUCUCGAAUCUCUCUCGUCCAAACCCAUCUCUUCCUUUUCUCGUUAAGGUAUUGGCUUCAUCUGUCUCUCUGUAUUAAACUAUGUAUUAAGUUUGAACUGUUUAAAAAUGAUUCCUUGUGUCUGACUCAAAAUGAUUAUUAAGGUUGCUGAGUAUUGCUUUUAGAAGUUAUGUUAAGGUUGCUGAGUAUUUUUUUUUUCCAGCUGUGUCUGUGUUUCUCACUCUCCCAUAAGGUUCCAUCACCUCUCAGGAAUAACAACUCCGGUAUGCAUAUGUUGUUGCUUGUAGCUUGUUGCUUGUAUGCGCAAGUACUCUGUUGUUGAGUCUUGAUUUGUUAUGUAUGUGUGAUGUGUGAUGUUGCAUGUGUGUGUUGUUACAUUGCUUAGUAUAGAUCGUUAGUCUCCAUUCAAGUGUCUUGGUGCUGAGAAUUGAAGUUUGCAGGGUAUUAGUGGGUCGUUGAUUGAUUAGUUCUAUUUUGUGACUACAUUAGUUGAGCAUUUUCGCUUUCUUUACAUUGGUUCUGUUCUGUGACUACACUGCAACACACUCUCGCUCUUUAGUUGUUAAUAUAGUGGUCUUAAGAUAUGAGUUAAUUUUGCUUUAUUUUAUUUGGUUCUAUAGCUUCUCUAAUGGGUUUGUUGGUUACUGAAUAUCCGUGAUUGCAGGUUCUCUCAUCUCAAGCUGACACUCUCAAGUUCAGACCCUCCCAAGUUCAAGAUGACAAAAGAUGUAAGGCUCUAGACUAAGCAUUGUCUUUAAUUCUCUUGUUUUCAUUUUUGAUAUAUGAACUUGAGUGCUGUUGAACUUGAGUGAUUGGUCUAUAACUUGUUGGAUAUAUGAACUUGAGUGUUGUUUUGUGUCUUGAUCAUUGUGUGAGGCUUAGAAUUUUUAUUUGAUUUUCCUUUUCUUGGCUUUAGAACUGGCCUCCUAAGGAGACUAGAUAUUUUUCCAACUUUAUGCCGAAGAGAGAAGAAAGAGAAAUAUGACCAGUACGUCUACGAAUAAAGUAGAGAAGGAGAACAUCAUCGUGGCGUUUGAAGACAUGUUUAAGAAAGGAUAUGAUUCUUGGCAGACUUUCAAGAACAAAUACGACACAAGUAGGAAGAAAUACACCAAGUUUAGGAAGUUAACUAAGAAUAGGACAUGGAUUGGGUUUGAUAACUUGGGAAGGAUCGAUAUGUCAGAUGAUUGGUGGAGUGAACGCGAAAAGGAGUGUCCUGGGAUUAGAAGAUCCAUAUGGAAAGAGGAAUUUAAUAUGAAUCUGUUUGAAGAAGAGUUUCGUGCUGUAGUAGUAACUGGAGCAGAAGGAUGGAGUGCUCAACAUGGAGAAGCAAGCUUGAAUUCUAGAGUGGGUGGAGAUGAAGGUGAUGAAGCCGAUUCUCAGCCAGCAGCAGAAACAGAAACUCAAGCAGCAGCAGAGACAGAAACUCAGCCACAAGCUCAUACACAAACCCAACAGAAGACUCAUUCCGGAAGUUCAAGAGGAAAAAGAAAGCGUAAAGAGAAGGAUAUGGUUGUAGAAGCUUGUGACAAACGUACUGAAGCUCUUAUGGUGAAGAAUAGGAUAGCGGAACGGAUGUUGGAGCGUCAAGAAGCUUCUAGUGUUGAAAAUGUGUUACAAAUACUGUACAUUGCCUGGAGUGAGAGAGUGGUCUCCACUAUAUGAAGCAGCAAUAGAACAUCUUAUAGACAAUGAAGGGAGCAGAAGGGCUUUUAUAACAAUGAAGACAAAUGAAGCUAAGACUAAGUUUCUAGAGCUUAGGACCAAGAUAAAACGUGACUAUGAAGCUUAGGACUAGUAUGAAACUUAGAACUGGUAUGAAACUUUUGCUUUUGGUCUGAUCUUUGUAUGAAACUGCCUUUUGUUUUGUGUUAAUAAAAAAUCUGUUAUAUGAAACUGCCUUUUGUUUUGUAGUCUUGUGUUAAUCUGCUGGUUUCUCCUCUAUAUAGCAAGUUAUAUUAUCUGCUGGUUUAGUAGACUUGGUUUUGAAUCUGGUAACAAGAUGUUUACUUCUCUUAUGUCUGUGGAUUGCCAGGGUUUUGAUACAUAUCACGUUCUGUGAAGUCUACUUCAUCUUGUUCAUUUAGCUAUGACUCUUUUCUCAGCAUCAGUGCAGUAUGGAUUCUGUUUGGACCUUAUUUACUUGUCUUGCCUGUGAAGAGAGUUUUGUUUUGUCAACUGCUUUGUUCUGUAACAAGUAGAGUUUUCGUAUACAUUUAUUGAUGA